AUUCAGCAAGAUGGUUUAUACUCCGAAGGACAGGUCUGCGGCAGAGUGGGCGCCUACGUCCCGGGGAGGGGGGUUCGGAUAUCCCCCAGCGUUGUCUGGGCCCGCAUAUGGGGCAGGGCUCGUGCGCGGCUGCACACACCGAAGGUGGCGCCCGGCGAGGACGCGGAAGAGCUGUUCUUCCGGCUGGGGUACACGGAUGGCCUCCCCGUCCUCCUGCCCACGCGGGCGCGCGUGCGCGCGAUGCUCCGCGGCACCGCGCUGGGUGCGGGCGACGUGCUGGGCAGGUGUCCGCCCUCGCUCGCGGAGGUCACGGUGGAGAAGCUCGCCAUCGCCGCGGUGAUGGCGGGCUGCACCCCGGAGAUGUUCAGGAUCGUGGUGGCCGCGGCCAAGGCCAUGUUGCUUCCAGAGUUCGGCCUCCAUCCGACGCCACCACCAUGGGCGCCACCCCGGUGGUGGUUGUGAACGGGCCGUGCCGGCAUGCCGCAGCCGUCAAUUUCCGCCAUGGCGCUUGCGGCAGCGGCAGCCGCAGCACGAGCAUCGGCCGCGCCCUCAAGCUGCUGGUGCAGAACGUGGGCCGCUCGAAGCUGGCCGGCACGGAGUCCACCACCAUCGGCACCCCGAUGAAGUUCGGCCUGUGCUUUGCGGAGUGGGAGGAGCGCUGCGGAGCGUGGGAGCCGCUGUCGGUGGCGCAGGGGGGCGCCGGGCGGGGCGAGGAUGCGGUGACAGUGAUGGCGGCGUCGUCGGGGCCCGUGCAGCUGGUGGACUUCUUCUCUGGGCCGUGGGAGCUGGUGCGUCUGCUGGGACACCACCUGGCCGGCACGUAUUCGCCGUCCACGCCCCUGGUCAACAACUGCCUGCUGGUGAUCUCGCCCGAGCACUACGACACGCUGCUUAAGGCCGGGAUGGACUCGAAGCAGAAGCUGGCGAGGGCGCUGUGGAAGGAGAGCUCAAGGCACAUGGUGAGGCACCUCCCCGCGAUCCUGGUCCGGCUCGGGAAGCUGAGGGCGUCGCGGGUGCCAUCCUUCGUCUUCCGUGCCCUGGGCUGCACGCUCGCCGCAGUGGGCUUCUUCAUGAGCUGCCUAGGCAGGCCGCCGACCCUGAUCCCGAAGUACAACAGCCCGGAGUCCUUCCAGAUCGUCGUCGCCGGGGGCGAGGCCGGCAAAUUCUCGAGCCUCAUGCCGGGCUUCGGGGUCGGCAGGGCGCCGAUGUCCACCGCGGACAUGUCGCGCCCCGUCACCGCGCGGGUUGAGGCGAGGCCCGCGGCCCUGGACGCCGCCCCGCCGCCCUCGGGCCACCACGCGGGCGGCGCGCCCGGCGACCUGCUCCGCCCGGGCCCCGAGGCGC